CUGACACACUAGCACACCCACAUUGAAAUCCGAAACACACACACACACGGUCGCACAGACACAUGUGCUCAGUCAGCGUAAGUGACACAAGCGCUGGCUCCACUCAGCGCUGGGCAGACGGAGCGUGUGGGCCGCUGCUCUCCCCUGGUAGCCGGCAUGCCGCAGAGGAAAAGGAGCUUCACGUUUGGGGCUUAUGGAGGAGUGGAUAAAGCGUUCUCCAAGGCCAGAAGCAUAUGGAAACAAGAUGGGGGUGAGCCCCAAAUAUCUGCAACUCUAGAGCCUCAGCUGUUCCAGCCUUCGCCCCCGUUCUCCGCUUCAACAUCCCCAAAGACCACAGACUUAUUCAAAAUGAUAGAGAAGGUGCAGGGCAACAGGAUGGAUGAGCAGAGAUGUACCUUUCCUCCGACACUCAAAACUGAGGAGGACUACAUCCCCUACCCCAGUGUCCAUGAGAUAUUGGGCCGAAAAAGCCCCUUCCCGCUCAUCCUCCUGCCUCAGUUCGGGGGCUACUGGAUCGAGGGGACCCACCAUGAGAUGACCCCCGGCCAGCCCCUCGGGGUCCCCUCCCCCGACGCCCGCACCAAGCUGGAGAGCAACACCACGGGCAAGAUCUUCCGCAAACACUUCCUUGGGAAGGAGCACUUCAACUACUACUCGGUGGACAACGCCCUGGGACAGCUGGUCUUCCUGAAGUACGACACCAUCGGCGACCAGGAGCACCUGCGCCUCAUGCUGAGGACCAAGCUGAAGACCUAUUGUGAUGUGUUCCCCACGUCCUGCCUCACAGACCCCAACGUAGUUCAAAUGGCAAAGCUGGCCUGUGAAGAGGUCAACGUGGACCGUUUCCCUGUGCUUUAUCCCAAGGCCUCCAGGCUUAUCGUCACGUUUGAUGAACACGUGAUCAACAACAAUUUUAAGUUUGGGGUGAUCUAUCAAAAAUAUGGACAGACCUCGGAAGAGGAGCUUUUCAGCAACACAAACGAGAGCCCGGCCUUCGUGGAAUUCCUGGAAUUUCUCGGGGAGAAGAUCAACCUGCACGACUUCAAGGGGUUCCGCGGAGGGCUGGACGUCACGCACGGACAGACGGGCGCCGAGUCCGUCUACAGCAACUACCGCAACAAAGAGAUCAUGUUCCAUGUGUCCACCAAGCUGCCUUACACCGAGGGCGACGCACAGCAGUUGCAGAGAAAGAGGCACAUAGGCAACGACAUCGUGGCCAUCAUCUUCCAAGAGGAAAGCACCCCGUUUGUUCCCGACAUGAUCGCCUCCAACUUCCUCCACGCCUACGUCGUGGUCCAAGUGAUGAACGCCUGCUCGGAGAAUGUCCUCUAUAAGGUGUCUGUGACGGCGCGGGACGAUGUACCUUUCUUUGGGCCCGCCCUCCCAGAGCCUGCGGUGUUCAGAAAGGGUCCGGAAUUUCAUGAAUUCCUCUUUACCAAACUGAUCAAUGCUGAGUACGCCUGCUGCAAAGCAGAGAAAUUUGCCAAAUUAGAGGAGCGCACGCGGUCGGCCCUCCUGGAGACGCUGUACGAGGAGCUCCACGUCAACAGCCAGGCCAUGCUGGGCCUCGGGGGGGACGACGACAAGCUGGAGAACGGGACCGCAGCAGGGGGAGGCUUCUUUGAGUCCUUCAAGCGAGUGAUCCGCAGCAGAAGCCAAUCCGUGGACACCACGGGUCACUAUUUGAAGAAGCAACAAUCACUGUCCAUCUUUAACAACCCCGCAGACAGCCACAAAUUCCAAGGGAUAUCAUUGCUUGUGCCAGGCAAAAGCCCUAAUAAGUAUGGACGUCGGGGCAGUGCCAUAGGGAUAGGAACAGUAGAAGAGUCUCUGAUCAUCCCUGGGAAAAGCCCGACCAGGAAGAAGUCUGGCCCCUUCAGUGCCAGGCGCAGCAGUGCCAUCGGAAUCGAGAACAUUCAGGAAGUUCAGGAGAAGAGUCGAGAGAUUUUCUUAGCCACCCAGAAGAUUCCUGACAGUGGCCACACCUCCCAGGACCCCAAAUCAGAAGACUCGUCCAAUCAGAGCACUCCGGAGGACCUAAGGACCUCGCCGACAUACGCCAAGAACAGGGCUCCAUCCAUCCCUGAAGGUCACGACCUCUCGCGCUCCUCCUCCAACGCCAGCAGCUUCACCAGCGUGGUCGAGGAGAACGAGGCCCCCGAGGACUACGACACCGGCAUGGAGAGCCUGUCGUCAGGAGGGACGCCACACAAGAGAGACUCUUUAACAUACAGCACGUGGCUGGAGGACAGCAUCAGCAGCACCAGCACCAACAGCAGGGGCAGCUCCACAGGCAAGACUGAAGGACCUAAAGGAACAGAGAUCCGGAUCAAGCUGGAACGUCCACAUGACCAUCAGUCCUCCUCGAACUGUUAGCCCCUGACCCACCUGGUUGUGUCCUGGACCUUCCUCUGCAGCAUACCGAUAAGUCACAAUCCUCCCAGGCGAAGAGACGAGGGCAGACUCAUGCUGUGACCGAUGCUGAUGAUGAGGAGGAGGAGGGCGAAGAGGAAGAGGCCUGGCCAAUCUGCUGGUCAGUGAGGCCUGAGAGCCCCCCAGGAAGCUUCAGAAAUCCUGGGAGACCCAGGGGAACGCCUUGAGGACCUUGAGAAGCCUGGAUUAGAGUUUAGAGUAUUAACGCAAAAAGGCCGUUUGCGCUAUAUAGUUCCUAUCCAACAACUCACUGAUACGUUUAGCGCCUGUUCCUGUCACAUGUGACCCAAAAGAGCACUCUAUUCAUUUACACAAGAAAUAUUAUUUGUUUUGAUGUUUGUUCGCUUCUGUCUGGUCAGGGCCUAGGUGAUAGUGUCAUUGAACUCUAUGUAGUUGCAACCAUUGCUGCUGUGGUUACAAUUUAUAAUGUUUCCCAGGCACCAAAAGCUUAGGCCCAAUAAACAUUUCUAAGAUUUAAGAGAAUACCAAAUGUUGAACAUCAAAUUUUGUUACAAAAAAAGAAGCCUCCAUCAUUGUGAUUUUAAGGUUGUUGUACUCUAUAUUAUUACUAGUGAUAGUGCUCUACUUUGAGGGAUAAAUUGAUUGUAACAUGUCUUAACAUGAUAUCGUUAUCAAGUUCUCUUAAGAUCUGCUGUAAAACUAAAAUGUUAAACUUCUGACAACAGACAUCAUUUGUACCUGUAGCCAAGUUUCAAUUGAAGUAAUCUAGCCACAUCCCUGAAAGACAUGAAAAAUCCAUUGACAUGGCCGUAAAAGAUUAAUUGUUUAUGAUUUUAUAUUUGAUAAACAUGUGUUUAGAUGGCAGUUUUAGAUAAAAUACACAAUCAAUAUCCACAUUUGACAGGAAUUCUAUUGAAAUGAACUGAAACACAUAAUAAAUAAUUAUGGUGUUCACAUUCAUUUUUGGCAAGGUACUCAAAAUACUUAAUGAUACAGUCUGUGCACUCUGUUAGCCAUAACGAAAAACGAUUUCAUCGGUUCAUUCUAAGUGCUUAUCCAUCUCAUCAGUCGAUGUGGUGACCAACCUCUGUACAUUAUGUUUUCAUUGAUAUUUUUGUAUUUAUUAAAUCUAUUUUGUUUUUUGGGAGUUGAGACAUCUAAUUGUGUGGAGUAUAACUGUUAUGCUAAAUAUCUGUGAUAGUACUGGCAUACUAAGUAAUUUAAUUCAUCAGCCUGUUUGUGUACAUAUCUGUCAAAGCCAAUUAUCAGAAUGCUGUCAUCUGCAGAGCCCUGAUCGAUGCAUUACUGUUGAAGGAAAGUUCAUUUUUAUAAUAAAUCAAUUGGACAUGGAUCUGUUUCUAAAGGACAUGGUGAAAAAACAGGAGAAUGCGUUGAUAAUGUUGCUACACUACAACUUUUUUUUUGUUGUUUUAGGAUGUCUCUAUUUUCAUUUUACAUGUCCAUAUAUAUAUAUAUAUAUAUAUAUAGAGCAAAUAAAUAUUAAGUGGUUUUAUUGUUCCAUAAUGCUUGUGUUCUUACCUCUCAAUAUCAUUUUGACAGAAAGUUUAAGAAUAAAAGAUUUUCCCAGUGA